AAAAGGGAUAGUGUUAUAUUACAGCUUCAGAAGGAAUUAUUUAUAAGUCGGUUUUAGCAAUGAGGAAAUGGACUAAUAUUUGUUUCGCAAGUUGUCCUUUCUUUUCCGGAGGGAGUCGUACUUUUUUUGCAAUGUCACAUGCAUAUGAUGUUCGUUUGAUCGUGUUCAACAACUAUUUUUGAGGUAUUCCACAACUUAAUUUUGAUUGUGUUCCGUGACUUAUUUUAGUUUGUGAUGAACAUAUUGUUUGAUCUUCUGCAAAAACAAAUAAAAAAUGUCCAUGUGGGUGUAUAGGAGUACUAGGUUGACAAUUUAGCUAGCUAAUUAUGUAUUGUAUGUGAUGGAAAAUAUAUCACCUAUUUAGUUAAUUAAAUUGAUGAUCUAAAACUACACGCCCGUCCUAUACACCGAGACGGAGAAAGUGAAGUCAUGAUCCCACAGCACGCCAAAGGCAAACCAGCCAAAACGUCGAGCGGCCGUCGGUGGUUAUAAGGGGAAAGCAGGAUUAUCCUUAAUUAAUUAACAACCAUCAGCCCGACGGCCCCGUCCCUCUCACUGACUCACACCACACCAGCUCGCCCCGCCGGCUCCCUCUCCUCUUACCGGCUCCGUCCUUUCUUCUUCCUCCUCCUCGCUGCCGGAGACCUGUCCUUUCGGAUCCACCUCCGGUGCAUGGUCGGGGCGGGGCUCGUCGGCGUCCGUGGCUACUGCAACUAAUAUCCCUAAUACACCUGAAGGACUCUGAAAUGGCUGACAAUAUGCGCCAUGUUCCAAGAAAUUCAAUGAUGUAUGGUGGAUGGAACUGGACUCGCAUCCUCUUCAAAUCAAACGGAUGAUCUCGAAGAUGUAAAGGGCAUUUUUACUCAACUUAAAAUAAGCCUGUCAGAGCCUGAUCCGGCGGCUUCAAAUGUUUUCACCUUCAGUGAGGUUAACUGCUGGCGACCAGCAAGCAGCAGGAAGUUAGUCUGCUGCAACUUCUCUUCCGACGGCAAGAUCUUGGCAACUGCUGGACAUGAAAACAAGGCUGUAGUUUGGAACAUGGACACUUUCCAGACACAUCAUUUACCAGAAGAGCAUGCUUACCUUAUCACUGAUGUCUGUUUCAGACCUAACUCUACACAGAUGGCAACAUCAGCUUUUGACAAAACAAUUAAGCUAUGGAAUGCCACAGAUACUCGAUUCUCUCAUCAUACAUUCUCUGGGCAUAAAUAUCCAAUUGUGUCACUAGAUUUUCAUCCAAAGAAGACAGACCUUUUGUGUUCUUGUGAUAGGAAUGGUGAAAUCUGGUACUGGAACGUGACUCAGCUAACCUAUCUGGGUGCCAUGAAGUCUGACUUUGGACAGGACGGUCCUCUCGUUCGUUUCCAACCUAGCACUGGACAAUUACUCGCAGCUACUACAGGAAAUGUUGUCUCUAUAUUUGACGUUGACACACAUACCAAAAAGUACACCUUGCAGGGCCAUAACAUAAGCGUGCAGUGGUUGUGCUAGGAUAACAGUGGGGAGUACCUGGCAUCUGUCAGUGAGGAUCAAGUUAAGGUUUGGUCAGUAUCAUCAGGAGAGUGCAUUCAUGAGGUCAGCUCAAAUGGAAAUGCGUUCUAUUCUUGUGUGUUCCAUCCAAGUUAUACCAACCUCUUGAUGAUUGGAGGCUACCAGGUAUAGCACUCGCUCAAACAUUUGAGUUUCAAACUCUUUACUAUCUUCAUUUGAAGCAUGUCUAAUUGUUUUUGCGAAGUGUGUACCCUUGUACUUUUCUACCAGUAAAGUUAAUUAGCUAUCUUUAGAAAUCUUCAUUUCUUCUUUGUUGUUAAGGUUUUUUUUUCUAAUUAUAAUUUGAAGGCUGCUAAUAUUUCCCUAUAACAUCCAUAUGCUAGCCUAAGCUAUGUUGAUAUGUCUUGUAAUGUUUGGGUCCUGUUAUUAGCUUAUAUAACAUGUUAACAACAAAUUUUGAUGUUAUUGUUUUCCGUACUUUAGUAUCAUAUACGGGGUAAUCCUCAACAUAAAACUCUUUAAAAUGGGGUAAAAGUUGGCAAAAGGCGCUGUAAAUUAGUAGACGUAAAUUAUCCUCUGAAAGUGGCAAAAAUCCCAAGUACCAGCCUCUGAUAUUACUGUUAGUAGACAUAACUCCAUCGGCCCUUUGUCUGGCAAAACAACCAGUAGAGGAGCUAUAUAUCCGCAACAUAAAAUUCGUUAAAAGGGUUAAAAGUUGGCACACCAAUCACUAAUGGGGUAAUCCGGAUGAAAAAUUGUUAAAUGAGGUAAUUCGCGUAAGAAAUGUCAAAGUAAGGGGGUAAAUACUGGAAUUCACUCAAAAUUUAUCAUCGGUGCAAUCUUUGGAGCUAUGGGACAUGGUAAACAACCAAAUUAUGACGGUACAAACUCACGAAGGUAUAAUUACCGCGUUGGCACAAUCACCGGUAACCGGGAUGGUGGCUUCCGCGAGCCACGACAAAUCUGUCAAGCUGUGGAAGUAAGAAUAAUAUGUGAGAGGAAGGAAGUGUAUUUAUCUUGAUAGGUGUGUAUAUGUGGCGCAAAGAUAACAAACAUGAAAAGGACUAAAGUUGCCCUCUCUCCGCCCCCUGUUCCGUUUUAUGAAUGCUUGUCAGAUGUAAGAUGUAACAUUUCCUGUGCUCAACCGUAACUCAUUUGUAAUCGUGAUCUCUUUGUAAUCAGCAAAGUUGUGAAAUCGUCGUGUGUUGUG